AUGUAAGACCCUGAUUUUAUUAUUAUUUAUAAUUAGAUAUUUAUAGAGUGAUUUUGUUUACAUUUAGAACUCGUGUUUAUAAAUAGAAUCUCUUGUAUUUAUAUAAAGUCGUCUCAGUACUAAGUGGUCCAGCUUGAGAACGGACCGAAUCUUUGAUGGGCUGAUUUUAAACGGGUCAGCGAGGUUGAGUCAACCUGUUUAAUAUUUUGAAUCUGUAUACUCUCUCUUUUUAUUAGUAGAAAAUUUCCAAAGUUGGAAUCUCCUUUUAGAUAAUAUAUUUUUUAUUUUGCAGGAUUGAACAGAACCUAGGUCUAAUUGGUACUUGAGAUGUCACAAUUUUUUCUGUUGGUCUUUGUUAUUUCCUUUUCUCAAGGUUUCAAAUAACCCAUUUUUCACCCUACACAAUUCUAGAUGGUGUGCCUUCAAGGGAUAUGCAUGGCCGAACACCGAUACAAAUCCAAUUGAGACUUUGCCACUUGGUAUGUGUCAUCUCAUCAUGUCUGCAUUUCUAGCCAUGUGACACAUCAUCUGCCCACUCACCACUUGUUGCCGACUCUGCUCCCAUAUAAGGGUUUAGGGUAACCUAGAGUCUUGCUAUAGCUUCGGGAUCCAGGUUUUUGCAUGCAAGUUAUCUUGAGGAGCUGCUGCAGUGAAGAUGGCGACUUCUGAUGUUACAGCGAAUUACAAGCUCUCUCCGCCGAAUACAUAUGGAGCCGUGGUUCUUGGCGGCACCUUCGACCGCUUACACAACGGCCAUCGAUAUUUUCUCAAGGCCGCGACGGACUUGGCUAGGGAUCGAGUUGUGGUUGGAAUUUGCGACGGACCUAUGUUGGCCAACAAACAGUUUGCUGAGUUGAUACAACCCGUUGAGGAAAGGAUGAAUAAUGUUGAAAAUUACCUCAAGUCUAUCACGCCGUCGCUUGAAGUGCAAGUUCAACCUAUUACGGAUCCCUAUGGCCCUGCAAUAGUUGAUGAGAAUCUGGAGGCAAUUGUUGUCAGCAAGGAGACGCUAGACGGCGGACUGUCUGUUAAUAAGAAGAGAGCUGAGGAAGGCCUUCCGCAGCUUAAGAUUGAAGUUGUAGAUCUGUAUUCUGGAUCCGGCGGAGAUAGGCCGAGUUCAUCAUCGUUGAGGAAGCGUGAGGCGGAGAAGGCCAAGAACUACCAGCCAGCAUAAUUAAACCAAGUUCUUAUUUCUAAAAAAAAUAAAACUACUCAAGUCUCACAUUAGAAGGCUUGAGGGUGGAAAAUGUAUUAAAUAAAAUGUAUAAAAGUGUAUCUGUGCAGAAAAUAGGUCGCACUUCUUCAAGAAGUUGUCGUUCUAGCAAUCUUGAGUUAUGAUCUCCACUUGAGAAAUUAAUAAAAUGCUUUCAGACGAAUACUUUGCA